UCAAGCUUGGCUGUUUUCCCCCUGAAAUAUAAUGUUGAUGACUGAAGAAAACAGGGAAGUUGUAUACAUCAAAAGUAUUCUGUUUAAUUUACUUCAGUCAAACUUUAUUGAUUGCCGCCAAUACGCCAUUUCAGUUAUUAGUAGCUCAUCCUCUCACUAUCACUAGUCAACUGCCUUGGCCUGUAGCAAUGGUAUUGAACCAUGCAGCUCCACAGCACUCACAUUGUGUUUCCCCACCUAUCAUGUAAGAGAGAAGAGAAAUGCAUUUGCUGAACUUGCUAGAACUUCAAGACUACCAAGGACCUAACGAAAGCUAAACUGUACCAUCGUGAUAGAGACGCUGGGAUCACCCAGCACUAAAAAAAUGUUAUCAGUUGGUUGUGCUGAUCCCUUUGAGUUAAAUGUAAUGUCAAAAUGUACAUUUCCACCUAAAUAGACAUACCCAAAAGUAAUUAUUUAUCAUGGGCCAUAAACAAUACCUAGUUAUGGGCGGCAUGUAGCCAAGAGGUUGGGAAUGUUGGGCCCGUAGCGGAGCCGACUAGGUGAUACAGUUGAAGUCGGAAGUUUUCAACCACUCCACAAAUUUCUUGUUAACAAACUAUAGUUUUGGCAAGUCGGUUAGGACAACUACUUUGUGCAUGACACAAGUAAUUUUUCCAACAAUUGUUUACAGACAGAUUAUUUAAUUUAUAAUUUAAUUUAUAAUUCACUGUAUCACAAUUCCAGUGGGUCAGAAGUUUACAUACACUAAGUUGACUGUGCAUUUUAAACAGCUUAGAAAAUUAUAGAAAAUACUGUCAUGGCUUUAGAAGCUUCUGAUAGGCUAAUUGACAUCAUUUGAGUCAAUUGGAGGUGUACCUGUGGAGAAAUGAGAAAUGCAAAUCAAUCCCAGAACAACAGCAAAGGACCUUGUGAAGAUACUGGAGGAAAGGGGUACAAAAGUAUCUUUAUCCAUAGUAAAACAAGUCCUAUAUACAUAUAUAUAUACAAGUCCUAUACAUAACCUGAAAGGCCGCUCAGCAAGGAAGAAGCCACUGCUCCAAAACCGCCAUAAAAAAGACAGACUACGGUUUGCAACUGCUCAUGGGGACAAAGAUCGUACUUUUUGGAGAAAUGUCCUCUGGUCUGAUGAAACAAAAAUAGAACUGUUUGGCCAUAAUGGCCAUCGUUAUGUUAGGAGGAAAAAGGGGGAGGCUUGCAAGUCGAAGAACACCAUCCCAACCGUGAAGCACGGGGGUGGCAGCAUCAUGUUGUUUGGGUGCUUUGCUGCACUUCAAGACAUCAGUCAGGAAGUUAAAGCUUGGUCGCAAAUGGAACUUCCAAAUGGACAAUGGCCCCAAGCAUACUUCCAAAGUUCUGGCAAAAUGGCUUAAGGACAACAAAGUCAAGGUAUUGGAGUGGCCAUUACAAAGCCCUGACCUCAAUCCCAUAGAAAAUGUGUGGGCAGAACAGAAAAAGCAUGUGCGAGCAAGGAGGCCUAAAAAUCUGACUCAGUUACACCAGCUCUGUCAGGAGGAUUGGGCCAAAAUUCACCUAAUUUAUUGUGGGAAGCUUGUGGAAGGCUACCCAAAAGGUUAAACAAUUUAAAGGCAAUGCUACCAAAUACUAUUUGAGUGUAUGUAAACUUCUGACCCACUGGGAAUGUGAUGAAAUAAAUAAAAGCUUAAAUAAAUCAUUCUCUACUCUUAUUUUGACAUUUCACAUUCUUAAAAUAAAGUGGUGGUCCUAACUGACCUAAAACAGGGAAUGUUUACUAGGAUUAAAUGUCAGGAAUUGUAAAAAAAAUAAAAAAUAAAAAAUAAAUAAAAAUUAAAAAAUUAAAUUUAAAAUUAAAUUUAAAUGUAUUUGGCUAAGGUGUAUGUAAACUUCCGACUUCAACUGUAAAUCUGUUGAUGUGCCCUUGAGCAAAGCUCCUGCAAGUUGCCCUGGAUAAGAGUGUCUGCUAAAUGACUUAAAUGUAAUGCUUAUACUGCCAGAGAUAUUAAAAUUGCACCUUUCUAGUAAAAAUAGUUAUAUUGCUCACUUUUGAGGACAAAAGCUUAAUACACAGUAUAGAAAAUAUGAUGAAAAUAUGAAAACACAUAUAUAUUUUUUUACCUUUUCAACAAAAGUGGGCUUGAAAUGAAUUAAGUGGUUUCAAAAUAUAGUAACAAUCAAAUUAUAAACGAUUUAUUUCAUCGUUCUUAUAACAGUAAAAUAAAUAUGUUCAAUCUUAGUGACUGUUCAAAAUUGUCCCCAUUUAAUUUAAUUGAUGACAUAAAAUGUUCUGUCCAGCAACCCCAGACGCCAUUUUUUAAAAAUCAAAGUUUAACUAGCUAGGCAAGUCAAAUUCUUAUUUACAAUGACGGCCUACCGGGGAACAGUCGGUUAACUGCCUUGUUCAGGGGAAGAACGACAGGUUUUGUUUACCUUGUAAUCUCGGGAAUUAUGAUCCAGCGACCUUUCGGUUACUAGCCCAACGCUCUAACCACUAAACUACCAGCCGCUCCAACAUUCAAAUGCCUGCUAACUCAUUAUAACUUCAGCUUUAAGCACUAUGUGAUUUCAUCCCUAUGUGACGAAGAGAAAGUGGAAUUGUUUCAAUUCUACAAAAUGAUGUUGUAGUUUUGUAUAUUUAGAGCUCUAAAUCCAAUUGACUAUAUCUAAACUAGAUGAUGCUGCUUUUUCUGCAAUUGCCAGGCUCUCCAUUUCAAAUCCCUCAUAUGCCUUAUUGUAAACGGAGCUGCAAGGGUCACCGCCAGAGGAAGUCGAUCCUUUGUCUGGAUAGGCCAGAAAAUGUGACAUGUCGCUCUCUAUGCAAAUAUUUAUCAUGGUGUGAGAUUUCACAUACUGUAUCUCAGACGAGAGCAGAGAGCGUCAUGCGAAGCGGGACAACCAGAGCUUUCACGGAGUGCACGGCAAUUGAUGUUGCGUCACUCACCGAGUGCUCUGUACACAAAAAUGUCCGUCGGAAACGGGCCAGAACCGCUCAAAAUCUCCCAAAUAGAUAACUUAAUGUUUAAGAUUAAUACACAACUGUGAACACUGCACAUGAUGGUUACUGAGUUGAGUUCUCUAAAUCUAGCUGUUGAGUAGGAAAUUAUGUCAGCCAAACAGCAAACAAAUAUCAGUGUUGAUAUGGAGCUUUAACGUUUUUUAUUUAUUUAUCCUCUUCAAAAAAGUAUUAAUCGCCUGAGUUUCCAAAGAGACAUUUAAAUACAAAAUAUUGGUCUACAUCUCACAUUUGGAUAACCUAUCAUGUAUUUCAGUCAAUAAGUAAGUAGUUGGAGUUUUGCCAGCCUUGUAAAGCAAGACACAGCAUCGUCUUGGCUCAGUCUGGACCACAACGUUCAGGUUGGAUUUUAUCCAAUGACGCUGUCACACUGCCCAUGCACAUCAAUGAAGCUCUCAUACGGAAAAACAGUCAAAAUGAUUAGAUGAAAUCGACCUUUAAUGCAGAAAUAUUUUUAGAGGAAUAUCAGAUUUUCCCUUUUUCCCUGUGUAUUAUUAAUUAGGCCUAUAACUGCUAAUCAAACAAUGAAACUCAAGAGUCGACUCGUUUAAUAAUAAUAGUGCUAUGUUAUGACAUCAUUGAACAAAAAGAUUUUAUACAUUUGUUAAAAUUCUGAAAUUUCAAAAUUACUUUCAUAACGUUAUUUUAUUGGUGUUUUUCCCCAUUCUUGCUGAUUUUGAUGUUUAUUUUAUUUUAUUUGUCAUUGCACUCACUCACUCAUUGUUAUGAGUGCUCUGAUUCAUAACUUUGGACCAGUAUAAUGAAAUAUUUACCUGCCUUGAGACUCAAACACAUUUCAGAGGAACGGCAUCAUUUCACGCUAUCACAAACAUUUUAAAGCAUGAAGUGCACUGCCUGUCAUUGCUUGUCACUUUUGGUAUGUUCAUAAUAUAUUUUUGUUUCUCCGGUAGACAUACUUUGCCCCUCUUACCAGAUGAAUAGGUAAAUAACGCAUAUUUCCCAUAAUAAUGUCGAAAUAUACAUGGGAAAAACGUAACUAAGAUUCCGGCCUAUUUUUGUUGAUAUUUAUAUGAGCAUGUGGCAAUGCAUCAUUAAGAUAAUAAACAAUUAACAUUGGUGUGAUAUCUACAAUAAAUAUAUCACAUAAAGUAAAAUGUUAUCAAAUAAGGACUGGCUGAUUGUCUCUGAAAGCAAAUUGGGUUUAUGGGCAAAGCCCUCAUGAUUAUCCUAAUUAAGAGCUGUCUAAUUAAAUUAUUGUCUUGAGCUAACCAAUAGCAAUAGUUGUUUCAUUAGCAAUGCAUGAAGAGUGAUGAAUAGCAAAACCUUCCUGAUUGCAGGAUAGUGUCAAUUGGCUCAUUUGCUCUUACUCAAGGUGACUGAAAAUAUAGGAAGGCGAUUUUUUUGCGUGUCUUAUAUAGAGUUAGGAGUGAACAAAAGCUUGCGAUUCCAUAUAGUUUGCGUUAAUAGUGUUGAAAGCUAUGCAGCUCGAGAAUUGCACUAGUGGGCUCUCCAAGAAAUGUCUGAAUGUGGGCAGAGGCUACCCAAGCUCCGAUGGAUCUGAGCUAUCCUUGCAGGACCAUCCUAUUAUAUCUGCUAGUGACAACCUGGAGAGAAGUUCAACUCUGAAAAAAAAUUCCAGGGGGAUGACGAACCAGUCAGAGGCUGACAAUUUCCCGGACUCCAAGGACGCAUCAGGGGACGUCCAGAGAGGUAAACUCUCUCCUGAUCUCCACGGAGUCUCUGAAAUUCGUCAUAAUUUCGAUGGAUCUACAGGAGAAAGGUAUACCCUUUCGCAAUCUAGCCAACCACAGUCAGUCUCAGCAACUCCAAGUACUAUGUUCCCCUAUCCGAGUCAACAUGGACCAGCGCACCCGGCUUUUUCUAUCGGGAGUCCGAGUCGUUAUUUGGCCCACCAUCCAGUCAUCACUAAUGGAGCGUACAAUAGUCUUCUGACCAACAGCUCUCCGCAAGGCUACCCAACCGCGGGUUACCCAUACGCACAACAGUAUGGACACACUUAUCAAGGAGGGGCGUUCUACCAGUUUUCCUCGGCGCAAGCUGGGCUGCUGCCUGGGAAAGCGCAGGUGUAUCUGUGCAACAGGGCCCUGUGGCUGAAGUUUCACAGACAUCAAACAGAGAUGAUAAUCACCAAACAAGGACGACGAAUGUUCCCCUUUUUGAGUUUCAACAUUUCUGGUCUGGAUCCGACGGCGCACUACAACAUAUUUGUGGAUGUUAUUCUUGCUGAUCCAAAUCACUGGCGAUUCCAAGGUGGCAAGUGGGUACCAUGUGGCAAAGCGGACACCAAUGUCACAGGAAACAGGGUGUACAUGCACCCUGACUCUCCAAACACCGGUGCGCACUGGAUGCGCCAAGAAAUCUCAUUUGGGAAGCUGAAAUUAACGAACAAUAAAGGAGGCUCAAACAACACCGGACAGAUGGUGGUUCUACAAUCGCUUCACAAGUACCAGCCCAGGCUCCAUGUGGUGGAAGUCAACGAAGACGGAACCGAGGACUCCAGCCAACCUGGAAGAGUACAGACGUUCACCUUCCCAGAAACACAGUUCAUCGCAGUCACAGCUUACCAGAAUACCGAUAUUACCCAGCUAAAAAUCGACCACAAUCCAUUUGCUAAAGGAUUUCGGGACAACUAUGACACUGUCUACACAGGUUGCGACAUUGACCGGUUAACACCAUCACCGGGUGACUCGCCUCGCUCUCAGAUCAUGCCUGGUGCGAGAUAUGCCAUGGCUGGUUCUUUCCUACAGGACCAAUUUGUCAGCAGUUAUGCCAAAUCUCGCUUUCACCCUGGCGUAGGGACUGGACCUGGCACGGACCGCAGCGUCCCACUUAGUAACAGCUUGCUAUCCCCGCAACAAACCGAAGAGCCCACAGUUGCAUCCCCGCAGCGAUGGUUUGUCAACCCUGCCAAUAACCGACUGGACUUUGCCGCCUCGCCAUACGAUGCUGCCGCGGCUGCUGAUUUUGCCGGUAACGCGGCCACCCUGCUGUCCUAUGCAGCAGCUGGAGUAAAGACACUUCCACUGCCCACUACAGGGUGCUCAAACAGACCUCUAGGUUACUAUGCCGACCCUUCCGGCUGGGGCACACACACACCACCCCAGUACUGCAGUAAGUCUAGCUCUGUGCUCUCUUGCUGGCCAACAAAUUCUGUUGGCAGAACAGGCACGUCCAACUACCUGGUUGAUAACGCGGACACCAUCCCAACAGAAAGGUCACCCAUCGGUGGGUCUAACGAGGCAAAAUCAAAAGACUUAUCCGAAUCCAGCUGGAUAGAGACGCCGUCUUCAAUCAAGUCGAUUGAUUCAAGUGAUUCUGGUAUCUUUGAGCAAGCUAAACGGAGAAGAAUUUCACCGUCUGCCACACCGGUUUCGGAAACAGUGUCCCCGUUGAAAUCUGAGAUCUUGCCUCCAAGAGAGUGUGAGAAAAAUUGCGUUAAGGACAUUGGUUACUAUAGUUUCUAUCCACACAGUUAGACAACCACAAAACGGGGGGGGGGGGG